GCAUGUAAGCAUCUUGCUGUUGAUGUCGUGAGUUAGUGAAGGCAAACUUACAACGACAACAUCGAGUUCAUGACCAUGUCAAACAACACGUGUUCUGACAAAGGUCUUCUCCUGCCCAUCUUCCACGAAGAGGAGUCCUGGCAGAAGGGGGUGCGGGCCGCCUUGUACUUCGUCGCCAUGAUCUGGUGCUUCUUCGGCAUCGCCAUCGUCGCCGAUACAUUCAUCUGCGGCAUCGAGCACAUCACCAGCAAGACCCGCAUCAUCAAAGUGGCUUCUCGCGACAAGCAGGAGGGAGAAAAAGAAGUAGAAGUCAAGGUCUGGAACGACACGGUGGCCAACCUCUCCCUUCUCGCCUUCGGCACGAGCGCCCCAGAGAUCCUGCUGUCCAUGAUAGAAACGUUGAAGAAUGAGUUCAAGUCCGGGGAGCUGGGCCCGGGUACCAUCGUGGGCUCCGCAGCCUUCAACUUGUUCUGCAUCACCGCCAUUUGCAUCAUGUGCGUGCCUGACGGCGAGAGCCGGCGUCUGAAAAACAUGCGCGUGUUUGGGGUGACAGCCUUCACCGGCAUCUUCGCCUACUUCUGGCUCAUCAUCGUGCUCCUCUGGACAUCGCCAAAGGAGGUGGAAUUGUGGGAAGCGAUCGUGACCUUCCUGCUGUUUCCCAUUCUCAUCAUGGUGGCUUAUUCCGCGGAUAAGGGUUUCUGCUGCGUGCGCAACAAAACGGCCUCUGAGGUGGAGAUAGGAGUCGAUAUCGAGGGUGAAAACCAGCAUAAUGGUGGGUCAGCUGAUAUCAUUGAAGUUGCAAAGGAAUUCCAGAAGGAAACACACUUGUCAGAAGAAAAGACUGCAAAAAUCGUUGCGGCCAAACUCGCAUCGGAAAAACCCAAAGGCGCCCUUUGGUAUCGAGUCUCAGCUAUUCGGAUCAUAACCGGAGGACAUAGGCUGACACCUCAAGUCGAUGCCACGUUUGAUAGCGUGAGCACAUUCUGCUUUUGUUCUCAAGGUAUUCGACAAGAUACGGUCAAAGAGACAGUGGAGGACAGUCGCAAGUCGAGUGCCGUUUCCCUGGACCCGUCACAGCUCGUGGACAAGGCCGUGGUGGAGUUCACCAGCUCUGCCUGCGCUGUGCUAGAGAACGAGGGUCACGUCCGUCUCUGUAUACGUCGCUAUGGCAACAUGGAUAAGGAAAUUAAAGUCGGGGUGGAGACAAUAGACGGCACAGCCCUGGCGGGGGAGGACUACAAGCCUAUCAAACAGCUGGUCACCUUCGCCCCGCAAGAAAGCAUCAAGGACGUCUUUGUUGAGAUCGUCGAUGAUGAUGUCUGGGAGCCAGACGAGUUCUUCUACGUCAGGCUUACACGACCCGUGGACAGCAACGCCGAGGACUUUGUCAUCGGGAAAGUGGCCAUCAACCAGGUCACCAUCAUUAACGACGACGAACCAGGCAAGCUGGAGUUCUCCAAGCCGUCCUACAUCGUGAAGGAGAGUGCGGCCAGUGCGCGGCUCAUCGUCAACAGGGUCAACGGGGCGGACGGCGAGGUCAAAGUGGCCUGGCACACCAGUGACAUGAGUGCCAAGAGCAACGUGCACUACGUGGGAGGUCAGGGCACGGUGACAUUCACUCACGGUGAGACCUCCAAGCUGGUUGAGGUGGGGAUCAUCGGAACCCAGGGAACGGGACACGAACCAAACUUCCAGGUCGAGUUGUCGGAGCCAACUGGAGGUGCCAUCGUCGGGAAGGUUCCACGUGCUAUCGUUACCAAUUAUCAGCGACGAAGCAACAUGGUGUCGCGUAUCGCCGCCCGAGCCUGUCAGACGCUGGAGGGACUGCAGCUGACCUCGUCUUCUUGGGGCGAGCAGUUCUUCAGCGCCAUGAACGUCAACGGCGGGGAGGUGGACACAACGACAAAGAUGGACUAUAUCCUCCACUUUAUCACCUUUUUCUGGAAGGUUCUCUUUGCUUGCAUCCCACCCACGUCCAUCGGUUCCGGUUGGCCGACCUUCCUGAUAGCACUGCUCUGUAUCGGCCUGCUCACUGCAGUCGUCUCGGACCUUGCCGCCAUCUUCGGUUGCGUCGUCGGCCUGUCGGACUUCAUCACCGCCAUCACGUUCGUGGCCAUCGGCACCUCCAUGCCCGACACCUUCGCCUCGCGCGGCGCUCUCAACGAGAAGUGGGCUGACAGUGCCAUCGGGAACGUCAACGGCUCCAACGCUGUCAACGUCUUUCUGGGGCUGGGGCUGCCCUGGCUCAUGUCUGCCGUGUACUGGGAAAUAAAGGGAGGUAAGCUGAUGGUGGACACAGACUCCCUGGGGUUCGGCGUAACUCUGUUCACGGUGCUCGGUCUGCUGACCAAUGGCAUCCUGCUGGCUCGUCGCAAGAUGAAAGUGUUCGGGUGCGCAGAACUCGGGGGCGCCAAGGGACCCAAGUGGGUCUGCACUGUGGUGAUAACCCUAUUUUGGGUCCUCCAUGUUCUCAUCUGUUCUCUUCUGGCCCAGAAGACUAUCGACGUUGGCUUUUAAAGUGCUGUUUAGUUUCUUUCUUACGACUGUGAUCAUGAUGUUCACGUAUACCGACCGGCGUGGGUGGUCCUGACUGAUUUGCUGCCGAGGAUCAGAUUCUACUUUUAGCGAAGCUUGACAUUAAAAGCCUAGUGUGUGAUGGCAGCCGU